AUGCCGCCUCUCCCAGGAGAAGAACGUUUAUUGACAGUGUUCGCCGAUGUCCACUAUUAUUUCUCUCCUCCAUCUCCAAGACCUCUGCUUCAUCGAUUUGACAAAGGUUCCUACCUUUACGUGUACCACGAUGCCACUCAGAACACCGCCAGGGUCGAAAUAGCAAAUAAUCCUGGCUUUCCAGAGCAGGAUGCUUUCGCCGGCUCCUUGGGCACCGCUCUGCUGCGAAACUCGGACAAAUUUCCUACGUUGUUUACUCUAACUGUAAAUACCCAACGUCAGAGCACUUCGACCGAGUCCCCUAGCAAUGAAUGGUCGUUGCCGAGUGGUCAUCCUCAGGACCACAGUGGCGCUCUGCAUAGACUCCACACCUUGGACAUAUACUUCUGGACGCUGGAGGAUGCAAGACUUUUCCUCUCUACAGCACAGCAGAUUCUAUCGCCGUCUCAAGUGGAUAUUAUCGCAGCACAGCCUCCAGCACAUACAUCACCUGUCAGCACAGUGGUUCAACAAUUAGAGAAUGUUGCCAUAUCAGAUCCUGGGUAUCAGAAUAGCUACCAAGGCAGGGGAACAACGGAUCCGAUGACUUUACCUCCACCUCCCCCAUCCAGCGCCCCCCCUACCCAUUCCACGAUGCCUCUGACUCCUCCUGCUACUCAACCUCAAGCGGCACCGGUGGCCGUGUUGGGGAAAACUGUACAGCAACCUCAAACCAAACACCAGGAGCAGCAAGCUGAAAACUAUACUCCACUCGCUUAUAAUCCCGCUGCGCCAGCUGCGCCAGAGCCAAUUCAACAUCGAGAGAAAACGCCCCCGCCAGCAGAUGGUGCAACGGGCAAUGGGCUGGCGGCAGUGGCUGCGAGGGACCAAGCUGCAUACGCUGCUGCCCCGCACCCCUUUGGUUUCUCCGGACCUCCACAAGGGGGUCACAGUCAGGUCCAGGAUUAUAGGCAUGCUCACGAAAGACAGUCGCCAUACGUUUCACCGCCACUUACUGCAGGUUUAAUUGCACCUACUGCGAUUUCUCCACCUCCUUCGCAAGGCGGCAGUCGAUCAUUUGCGCCUCCUCCUUCUGCGCCUCCCCCCACUGCCCAAACCGGAGUAUUAGGCUACACACCACAGCCUCCGCCCAAAGAACCAAUUCCUGGCGUCUAUCGACAACAAACCUUUGGAGCACCUCCCACCCCUGACACCUACAACCAAAACCAGAAACAGAUCCAACAGCAAGCUACUCCCAACUAUGGACAACCACCCCAACAACUUCCACCAGGGAGUCCAUACGGCCAACAACAGCAGUAUAGUCCCCAGACCCAGGCUCAAACUCAGGCUUUGCAACAGCAGCAGCAGCAGCAGCAGCAGCCGCCGCCACCGCCACCGCCACCGAUCGGAGGUUAUUCUGAUUAUUCGUACAAGCAGCCGCAAGCAGCGCCUACUAACGUGUAUGAUAUCCACAACCAGGUGUACAGACCGACAGAAAACGAGCAUAGACACCACCAGCGACGGGGCUCUGGAAGUUUUACUCCCACUGACAAAAAGACGGGAAAAAUCACGGAAAAUGCAAUUCGCGUUGAGAAGGGAGUGAAUCGAUUCCUCAAGAAGUUGGAGAAGAAAUUGUGA